CCCUAACUCACAGUCCGGUGUGCAGGUGAAGCCAAUACAUGAUAUUCCGGUAACCAUUCUCAUGAAAAUUAGUUCGUAGCUCCUUUCCUACAUUUCCGGGAAUGUGAACUUCUUCCUGCUUAAAUACAAGUAUGUUUCGUUUGUAACCUCCCCAUGCCUUUAACCGGUUUUACAGAUAACAAAACAAACGUCAACGUUACUUCUCGGUGGCUCGCAACCUUUUACCGUCCGUAACGUUACCCAUCUCAAUCAGUAAUGAAAAGAAACGGCGCGUAUAAGUUUUUGUCAGUUUUCUCGUGCUUCGUCGUUUGCGCGUUCUUGCUUUUAUUUUGGUACUUCAUAUUUUACUCAAUGGUACUUGCACCUUAAGACGCAUACACACUUCUUUAGCAGCUAAGCUAAGCUGGCUAACUACUUACCCACACUGCAUUGCUAUAUUGACAAGUCCCGUGAUCACAUGAUCAACCUGACCAGGAAGUAAGGAUUUCUGCUUGCAGUACUUGGUUGCGCUUCCUGUUAGUGAAGUUGUGAUGGCAUCUGACACCAGUGAAGCAGCGUCCUCCACUCCAGACCUCAAGCUGCAAUUUGCUCCCUUCAGCAGUGCUCUGGAGGCAGGCUUCUGGCACCAGCUCACUCAGAAGAAACUCAACGAUUACAGAUUGGACGAAAGCCCCAAAAGUAUCAAAGGAUAUUACUACAAUGGUGACCCACUUGGUUUGCCCACUCGCCUGACAUUGGAGUUCAGUGCAUUUGAAGCGGAUGGACCGACACCAGCCCGUUGCUGUCCAGCUAUUGGAACGCUGUAUAACACCAACACACUCGAUGCCUUUAAGACCGCCGAUAAGAAGGCUCUGCUGGAGAAAGAGGCUACGGAGAUGUGGGAAGCUAUACAGUCUGGGGCUGCACUGAAGGACCCAUCCGUCCUCUGCAAAUUCAUUCUGCUGACCUUUGCAGAUUUGAAGAAGUACCAUUUCUACUACUGGUUCUGCUUCCCUGCACUCUGUUUCCCAGAGGGAAUAAGGAUUGUCCAACAGCCAUCUGCCCUAGAGCAAGUUUUCUCAGCAAAACAGAUCGCAGCCUUGCAGGAGGCCUAUGAUGUCCUGUACAUCAAAAGCGGGACCACUGCAGUGCCAUACUUCCUAAUGAAGUACACAGAUGACACUGUACAGAUGGCUCCACUUGGAGACUGGGACACAUUCUUCACUGAUAAUAAGAAGGUUACUGUGGCCGUCUAUGAUCCGUGUACUCUGUCUCAACAUCCGGGCUGGCCUCUGAGAAAUCUGCUGGUCCUCUUAGCUAACCGAUGGGGCUCUAAGCUGGACACAGUGGAGGUGCUGUGUUUCAGGGACAGAACUCUGCAGGGAAGCCGCUCCAUUCAGCACAGUGUCAUCUUUCAGAUAAAACUACCUGAGCUUCCCCUCAACUCAGCAUGUCCUAAGAGUGUAGGUUGGGAGAAGAAUCCAAAGGGGGCCAUGGGACCCAGGAUGGUCAACCUCAGUGAAUGCAUGGACCCUAAAAGGCUUGCAGAGUCAUCAGUUGAUCUGAACCUGAAGCUAAUGAGAUGGAGGCUGGUUCCUUCGCUGGACCUGGACAAGGUGGUCACCACAAAGUGUCUUCUACUGGGAGCUGGGACUUUGGGCUGCAAUGUAGCCAGGACUCUCCUGGGAUGGGGAGUGAGACACAUCACAUUUGUAGACAAUGCAAAGAUCUCAUACUCCAAUCCAGUCCGACAGCCACUCUAUGAGUUUGAAGACUGUCUUGGAGGAGGGAAGCCCAAAGCCAUGGCAGCUGUUGACCGACUCACCAAAAUCUUUCCUGGUGUGAAUGCAGAGGGUUACAAUAUGAGCAUCCCCAUGCCCGGUCACCCAGUGAAUUUCUCUCAGGCCACUCUUUCCCAGGCCCAGACGGAUGUCGAGCAUUUGGAGAAGCUCAUUUCACAACAUGAUGUGGUCUUCUUAUUAAUGGAUACGAGGGAGAGCCGCUGGCUGCCUACAGUGAUAGCUGCCAGCAAGAGGAAGCUUGUGGUUAAUGCUGCUCUAGGCUUUGAUACAUUUGUUGUGAUGCGCCACGGCCUGAAGAAACCCAUAGUCAGUCAGAGUGUUUCUGCAGGGACGGACUCCUCCACUUCCUGUUCUUCUGCUUCCUCUUCGUCCUCCACACCAGCCGGCUCUGCACCCUCUGUCCCGGGAUCCUCUCUGUUCUCCAACAUCCCAGGGCACAAGCUGGGAUGCUAUUUCUGCAAUGAUGUUGUGGCACCAGGAGAUUCAACCAGGGAUCGGACUCUGGAUCAGCAGUGCACAGUCAGCAGACCAGGCCUGGCCAUGAUUGCUGGAGCCCUGGCUGUGGAGAUGAUGGUGUCCAUUCUGCAGCACAGUGAAGGAGGCUAUGCAGUGGCCAGCAGUAGUGACGACAGGAUGAAUGAACCUCCCACCUCUCUGGGUCUAGUGCCACAUCAGAUCCGAGGCUUUCUUUCGAGGUUUGACAAUGUCCUCCCUGCAAGCCUGGCCUUUGACAAAUGCACUGCCUGCUCACCCAUUGUCCUGGACCACUAUGAGAGGGAAGGUUUCAACUUCCUGUCCAAGGUUUUUAAUUCUUCCCACUCAUUCCUGGAGGACCUGACAGGGCUGACACUGUUACACCAGGAGACACAGGCUGCAGAGAUUUGGGAUAUGAGCGAUGAUGAGAGCAUCUGAAGGACUGGAGGAACAAACCCUGUGCCUCCGAAGGACGAAACACUCCGAUCCUUCCAUUUCUGCCUGGUUUAGUCUUUUUUUAAGGAACCUCACAUUUACAGUGGACAAGGGCUUUGCAGGGAACAGUAGACACUGACAAAACAUAAGUAAUCAAAACCAAGCAUAUUAUAAAAACUUCAGAAAAGAAAAAACUUCAGCUGAAAGAAAAGCCUUAAAAUAGUCUCCAUUUGGAUUCAAGAUCAACCAGAGGGAUGGACCUGCAGAAUAAAGCAGUUAUAAAGUAAAAAAAAUAAAAAAUAAACCAGAUAAUCUGAUUUACUGCUAAAAUAUUCAGUGAAUGUCUGUUUUUCACUGUUACCUUUAGAAAGUUGACGUUAAAUUUCCGCAUUGUGUGUGUAUAAAGCUGUUUUAUUCAAGGGAGAACGUACCUGUUCCUAUAACUUCAUGAUGUGUAAUCAGUCACUUUCAUUUAGUGUUUGGAGUCAGUUCAAUUCCCUCAGACACACAAAUCACCCUGCAUUUGUAUUAAGGGACUUUGUUUGUCUAGAAAAGUCUAACUGAAUGGUCCCAGGUUCAAUCCCUCCCACCGUCUCACCAUCAGCACAUGUAAUGGGUUUGCAGAGUCCUUUGGCAAAGUCAUUGACUAACUGCAUCUGCUCGCUCAUUCAGUUAGCUUCAGAUACAUUGUGAAAUUACAAAAACACAGUUGACAACUCCUUUCAUCUCCCUGUCCGUUUACUGGAGACUGUGAUACAUGCAGUACAGUUAAUACUGAAACCAGCUUUGUUCCUUUGAAAGUGGGAAACCUGCACCCAGAUGUUACUGUGGCUUCUGAUAUGGAAACGAUUUACUGUUACUGUAGAAACCUGGAACCUACAACUGCACAGUUUAAUCUAGAAGAGCCUACGGACAAACUACAGGUCUUAAUGGUUUGUUUGUGUUGAUGCAUGCAUGCGUUUGUGCAAUUAUUAUUUUUUUUUUCCUUACUCCACCAUGUCCUAUUUGUCUGAACUCCUAACAUGUACAACAUUUUCGGUGUAAUGAUAUGCACAUUUCAACAAGUGCAAUGUGAAGCAGAGAUAAAAAAAAUAAAAAGUUAAGUCACAA